GCGGCUGCCGGGCUGCCCGCCGGGUCCGCUCCUCCGGGGCCGCCCGGCCCUUCGCCGCCCUCCCCCGCCCGGCCAUGAAGCCCUAGAGCUCUGCGGGCCGUAGCAGCCUGUUCGCCGCCAGCAUGUUCGGCCGCUCCCGCAGCUGGGUGGGCGGCGGGCACGGGAAGGCCGCCCGCAGCAUCCACUCCUUGGAUCACCUCAAAUACAUGUAUCAUGUUUUGACUAAAAACACAACAGUAACAGAUCACAACCGUAACCUGCUGGUAGAGACUAUUCGUUCUAUAACAGAGAUCCUGAUAUGGGGGGAUCAGAAUGACAGCUCGGUAUUUGACUUUUUCUUGGAGAAGAAUAUGUUUGUCUUCUUCUUGAACAUCUUGCGUCAGAAGUCAGGUCGUUACGUGUGUGUACAGCUCCUGCAGACUCUGAACAUCCUUUUUGAGAAUAUCAGUCAUGAAACAUCGCUGUACUACCUGCUCUCCAAUAACUAUGUAAAUUCUAUUAUUGUUCACAAAUUUGACUUUUCUGAUGAGGAGAUCAUGGCAUAUUACAUAUCAUUUUUGAAAACUCUUUCCUUGAAACUCAAUAAUCAUACUGUACAUUUCUUUUAUAAUGAGCACACUAAUGACUUCGCUUUGUACACUGAAGCUAUUAAAUUUUUUAACCACCCAGAAAGCAUGGUCAGGAUUGCUGUUAGGACUAUCACUUUAAAUGUCUACAAAGUGGACAACCAACCUAUGCUGCAUUAUAUUAGAGAUAAAACUGCUGUCCCUUAUUUCUCCAACCUUGUUUGGUUUAUUGGAAGCCACGUGAUAGAACUGGAUAACUGCGUGCAGACUGAUGAAGAGCACAGAAAUAGGGGCAAACUGAGUGACCUGGUUGCAGAACAUCUCGAUCAUUUACAUUACCUUAAUGAUAUCCUUAUCAUUAAUUGUGAAUUUUUAAAUGAUGUGCUGACAGACCACCUCCUUAAUAGGCUCUUUCUUCCCCUCUACGUGUAUUCAUUAGUAAAUCAAGAUAAGGGUGGAGAGCGUCCAAAAAUAAGUCUCCAAGUUUCUCUCUAUCUUCUUUCUCAAGUUUUUCUAAUUAUACAUUACGCUCCUUUGGUGAACUCACUGGCUGAGGUUAUUCUUAAUGGUGACCUUUCGGUCUUUUCUUCUAAAGUUGAGCAAGAUAUACAGAAAAACCCAGCAAAGUCAAGUAUCCGAUGUUUCAUAAAACCAACAGAAACACUUGAGAGGUCUCUUGAAAUUAACAAACAGAAGGGGAAGAAGAGGGUACAGAAAAGACCCAACUAUAAAAAUGUUGGGGAAGAAGAUGAAGAGGAGAGAGGAUCUGAGGAUAAUCAAGAUGACCUAGAUAAAACUAAAGGUACAGAAGCAAGUUCGAAGGGCGUGAGAACAAGCAGUGAAAAUGAAGAAAUAGAGAUGGUCAUUAUGGAGAGAUGUAAACUGUCAGAAUUGUCUAUCUCUACGGUGACAGAACAGAAUACAACUGAUGAAGAAAAGAGUGCAGCUGCCUCUGGGAGUGAAAUAACAAACUGGAACAGACCUUUUCUUGAUAUGGUCUAUAAUUCACUGGACUGUGCUGAAGAUGAUUACUACGCCCUCUUUGUACUUUGUCUUCUUUAUGCAAUGUCACACAACAAAGGAAUUGAUCCAGUCAAGCUGGAGAGAAUUCAACUUCCAGCUCAACAUGCUGAGGAGAGAAAUUCAUAUAAUCAUGUACUUGCAGAAGGGCUCAUCAGGAUAAUGAAUUAUGCUGCACAACCAGAUGGAAAAAUCCGUUUGGCAACUUUAGAACUUGGCUGCCUGUUGCUGAAGCAGCUUGUGUUUUCUAAAAAUGGCAGCAUCAUGAAAGAUGUUCACCUUGCUUGCCUUGAGGGUGCCAGGGAAGAAAGUGUUCAUCUUCUUCGUCGUUUCUAUAAGGGAGAAGAGAUUUUUCUGGAUAUGUUUGAAGAUGAAUACCGGAGCAUGACAAUUAAGCCCAUGAAUGUAGAGUACUUGAUGAUGGAUGCCUCAAUCUUGUUGCCUCCAACGGGGACGCCGCUGACUGGUAUUGAUUUUGUGAAAAGAUUGCCUUGUGGAGAUGUGGAAAGAACACGAAGAGCAAUCAGAGUUUUUUUCAUGCUCCGUUCGCUAUCACUGCACUUGCAAGAUGAGCUGGAAACGCAGUUACCACUUACAAGGGAGGAAGAUCUGAUCAAGGCAGAUGAUGUUCUUGACUUGAAUAACAGUGAUCUAAUUGCUUGUACAGUCAUAACAAAGGAUGGGGGUCAAGUUCAAAGAUUCCUGGCUGUGGAUAUUUACCAGAUGAGUCUGGUUGAGCCAGAUAUUGCCAGACUUGGAUGGGGAGUAGUUAAAUUUGCAGGCCUCUUGCAGGAUAUGCAGGUGACCGGGGUAGAGGAUGACAGUAGAGCUCUGAACAUAACAAUACACAAGCCUGCCUCGAGUCCUCACUCCAAACCCUUCCCUAUCCUUCAAGCUACGUUUGUGUUUUCCGAUCACAUUCGCUGUAUUAUUGCAAAACAGCGUCUGGCGAAAGGCCGGAUCCAAGCCCGGCGAAUGAAAAUGCAGAGAAUUGCAGCUCUCCUGGAUCUUCCUGUUCAGCCUUCAACUGAAGUUAUGGGCUUUGGACAUAGCUCUACAGCAGCCCAGCACCUUCCAUUCAGAUUUUAUGAUCAGUCCCGACGUGGUAGCAGUGAUCCUACAGUGCAACGCUCUGUUUUUGCAUCUGUUGACAAAGUUCCAGGCUUUGCUGUAGCCCAAUGUAUAAAUCAGCACAAUCCAUCACCACUUUCAUCACCAUCACCAUCCAGUGGCAGUGGGAGUACAGGGCGCUGUGAUUCAGUGACUGCAAGCUCAACAUCCACUCCUGCUGCACAGAGCCCAUCAGGUCUGGCAGGAAAGGACGUCGGCGGGUGUUUAGUCUGUCGGAGGCUGACAGUCACGGUGGACACUGGGUUUAGGUCUUCAAGCAGCAGCUGCAACAGAAACUCACGCAAUAUCAAUUCAGAUGAUGCUUCAGCUCCAGAGCAGCCUCAGAUGACCAUUUCUGGUCAGAUGAUAAUUUCUGGUCAGACGAUGUUGACUGAUGAAACUCUUUCAACUGUCUCAAAGUCGAGCAAGAAUGCUGUAAAAAACUGUGACAUAGAAACAGCAAACCUGUCUCCUAGCCUGAUUCCUGCACAGCAGCCCACAAUAUCCUUAAUAACAGAUGACAAUACAGAUGCAUUAAGUGUAGAGUCUCUUACACUGGUGCCACCCGUCGACCCACACAGCAUUCGAACAUUCAGCUGCAUUCCUCAGUCCUCUUUGCAAUCUGAAGUUGAAGUUUGCAAAGUAGAAGAAGUAGAGGAAGAAUGUCCUGACUAAAGCCAGCCUGCAGACUGUGAUGAACAGGAAACAAAUGCAGCUAAAUUCUUUUUGCUCUUUCUUUGGAAGUGCAGAUGCUGAAGCCUGAGAGGCCAUCUAGUCUGUAAGAAGAGGCCCUCUAAUGAAAGAGAAUGUGGGCAGCUUGUUAACAUCAGAUGCUCAGCAUAUUUAAACUGAAAAAGAAACAAGCCACAACAACAAACCACCAACUUUUGAAUCUGGACUGGUUGUUUCCUACCAAUUUCUGUUAUACAAGACCAUUAAAGUAUUUCAGAGCACCUACUUCCUUUCUAUUAGAGAGUUCCAGCUGCAGGAACCAAGUUAGCUAUACAAGGUCUACAGUGGCAAAGUGAAUACAUUUUUGAAUACCUGGCUUCAAGAUAUUCUAUCAUUACUUCCCUGAAACUGGAGGCAUACCAUCGGCCAGAAAAAAAUAUAUAUUGUAGGGCAGAGGUAACAUUUCCUUUUGAUACAAGGUGUGUUUUUCAGUUUGGUUGUGUUAUGUUUGUUUUUUUUUUAAUCCUGAUCUCAUUCAUCUUUUGGAGGUCUGCAUGAUACCAGCAGGCUUGGCCACUUUCAGUGUUGUCUCCAUAGGUUUCCUGACUUAAAUAUUAUGUUUUUCAUGUGUAAUAUUUAUUUUGAUUCAAAGUAAGAUAUAUAUAUAAAAAAAUUUCUUAAAAGCUAAAAGCCUGAAAUGUAAUGAUAAAUGCUUACUCAAAUUACCAUAAGGGAUUUUUGAGACUACUUCAGUCUUUGCUUAACCAGCUACAGAGGAACGUGAAAUGUUACAAGAGAGAUAGCAUGUUUGUUUGCUUCUGACAGUCAAAUUGCUACACCUCUGAGGAAUGGUGAAAUUAUAUCCUUUCUACUAAAGGACAACUUCUAGAAGCAGAUGGAAGCAGUUUUACUCCAAAAAGGUUUUUAAAUUUCUCAUCUUCAUGUAGGAAGUCUGAAACUCAAAACAAAAGGUAUUGUGUAGUUUUUUUCCUGUCUAGGGUAGUAUCACAGCUAAACAACAUUCUGUAAGAAGUUCUGAGUUUAUGCUUACCUUACUUUGCUUCCUAGAUCCUGAUACCAAGUUGAAAAAGUAGUGGAAAAGUUUGGAAUGCUCUUUGAUUAUUUUAUAUGUAAUUUAACUGGAAUAGAAUUUAAGAAUUUUCAUUCAUUUCCAUGUGUGUUAAUUUAAAUUAGUAGUAAAAUGAGCAGAUUGUCAUUAUUGGUCUGCUAGUAACGUUGACUGCUUUCUGGCUCUCAAAGAUUGACUACUACUAUUUACUUGGCAUUGUGAUUUCAGUCACAAGUGCAACCUGUUUCCUCAGUCUGUCUCUAUUAACACUGACUUCAUAUCAAGCAGGUCAUUCUGAGAAGUUUUUACCUACUCCCCAGUCUCUUAUUGUACCUCUUCCUGGCUGUCAGAUAGAACACUUGAAGUGGUUUAAAAUGUUAAAUUUAUAUGAGGUUUAUUUACCCACAAUUCUAACUUUGCUCACUUUUUCUAUCCUUUUCUUUGUGUAAUAACCUUUGUAAAAUAUGUGUGCAAGGUGUCUGCUAUUGAACAUCAUCACUUUUUUUUUCUUAUUAGCUUUUGCCUUCAGUUUUGUUGAUUUCUAGAUUUCUGUGACUUCUACUUUGUCUAAAACUAAUUUAACCAGUAUUCUGACCAUUCCAGAGUGGCUGAAACUCUCAGUGAAUUCCAGGAGUUAGGUAUUCUCAGCACUGCUAUGGAUAUGGGAUGAGAUUUUGGCAUUGCUGGAAUAAGACCCUACUAUUUCUUUUUUUUUUGCUCAUAUGCUUGGGGUGAGUUUACAGUCACUGUUGCAGCUAAUGUUUGUGUAGGUAAACAAGCCUAGACAUCAGCAGCAAAUUGGACAUAAGGCCCACAUAACUUUUUAUUAGCUGAACCGAUUGUGGUCUAGGCUUCCUCUAGUAUAUUGCAGCAUUCCACUCUAGCCCCGGUAAUAUUCUGAAGAUCAUUAUAAGAAAUUAUGUGUUGCUUAAUUUGAAAGCAUUUUAUGUUAGUUGUUAACCCUAACUCUUGACCCAGAUUACAGAAAAUACCACUGUGAAGGCUGAGUUCUCUUAAAUAGGAGUAGUUUUAGACAGGAAAACCUUAAUCUUUAUCUAAUUUCAAAUUCAGUUCUAGCAAGAUUAGGACCAUGCACAAAGAGUCUUUUUACUGGCUAUGCAUAAUCUCACCCUUGAGCCAUACUGCACAAGAAAUGGGACAAAGAGAAGGAAAGCUGACUUUGUUCAUUUCAUUGACUUUGAGUGGCUUUUAAAUCUCAUGACCAGCUGUUUACUGAGAGCUUCACAGGAAAUGACUGAGAUAGAGACUAUUAUUAGGAAAACAAAAGACUGGCUCUACAGAGUAGUCUGCUGCUGGCAGAGCCUUGCUGGUCAGGGGGUGGUAAGGUGGGAUAUCUUUUAGCAGUUCUAUCAAAAGCUCUCUGGAAAAAUAGAAUUACAUUAGGAAAGCUCUGACUGCACCAGCUCUACCAAUGUUGUGUUAUAUAAAUGCUACUAGUGGUAUAGACCAACUUAAAUCUCUGAGUGGUUAUGCCACGAACAAUUGAUUUUUUACUUGUUUGUUUCUAGUAUUAAGGCAUAUGUGUAUACAGUUUGACUGUGCUUCAUGCUCUAUUAGGAGACUUCAGAAUCUAAAAGCUCUGGAGAUGCUGAAAUAAUCUGUCAUCAGCAAUCUUUUAUCUCUGUAAGUAUGGUGUUACACAUCUACAGUUCCUUGAAGGGUAUCAUAUCUAUCUCUCCCUUAUCAGAAAAACUCAAGAACUGUUUUUUUAUCCCCCUUUCACUGUAAAAAGGAAACUCAACUAAGAAAGCAUGAGCACAUCAGCCACAAACAUAAUUUUUUGGUAAACAGAAGUUGAUUUGAGUCAGUGUAACAUCACCCUUUUUAACCAAAUCCAAAAACUAAGUUGUGAAUGAGAGCAGCAGUUGUUUAACUGACUGUUCACAAGGCUGGCUAUUUCAGUGAAAUACUGCAGAGGGAGGCAGAAUCACUCUAAAAUAAACCUAACAGUGUUCAGAGCCAAACGCUUAAAUGUUGGUGAUGCUGAAUGCUCAGUGUUUGCUUGCAGAGGCUAUGCCUGUCUUCAGACAUACUCUGUUAACUUAAAACUGUUCUAUUAUUCUCUUCCUUUUGAGAAGAGAAACCGAAGAAGCCAAGGCAUAUGGAAUGUUAAAUUGCUACUUUAUGGUCUAUGUCUCACAUUUUCAAAUCUUACCAAGAUAUUACUUGUUUACUAGAACUAUGUGUUGCCUUCAGUAGUAGGUCUCACUGCCUUUUGCAGUCCACCUUUGCUUUUCUGUCAUUCAGUGUACAACAAUGAACAAGACACAAGCUUUUCAUUUAUGGAAAAAGUAACAGCAGCAUACAUUUGGUAAUCUGGUAAAGAAGGGGAGAGAGAAAACAUUAGUGCCCAAUUCUAAUGUCUGGUUCACCACACAGGUGAUUAAAAAUUAAUAGUUUUGCAGAAAUUCUUUGAUAUAGAAAGAAACCAAAGGUUUUGCUUCCUGCACUUUGUUUUACAAGCUGUGUGGAUUAAACCAAAUUCAUUAGAAAUGUAGUCACAUAUAAAUACUAAAAACUGUAUAUUUUGUGUGCGAAGUCAUGAAUUAUAUCUAAUUUGUAUUCUCCACUGCUAGUUCAUGCUAAACUAAAAUUCUGACUUCUCUUCCUUAAUUUAAGCUAAUCUUAAAAAAAAAAAAACCAAAGAUGUAAAAUUACACCUGUUAAAGAAGCACCUCAACUUUACAGCACGGUUUGAAUUUUCCUUGAAGUCACUUGGUGAGGAAAUAUUUGGAAUAUCGUCCAGAAUUCAUUUCUUCUUUUGCAAUAUUGUUGCUAAAGAACAGGUAUGUGACAGUUAAAAACUCUUGUUAUAUACCCAGAAUUUCUGGCUCAAGUCUAGAUCAGUAUUCAUAGUUUAAGUCAAUGUCCAGUGAUUCAUGUGAACCCUUUGCCCAAUAGAGACAGAAUAUGGGGGAAUAAUGUUCCUCUGCAGAUUCAAAGUAUUUGUGUGUGUAGAAUUUUAAAACUGAUGGUUAAAGGAGUUUGUUCAUAGCAAGAUCAGCAGUCUUUAAAAAUAAGGGGAUUUUUUUGAUAUAUAAUUAAGUAGUAAGACAUGAAUGACUGUAAUUUCCACACUUACUGCAAAUGGCCUGGGAUAAUUACUUUAAGCUAUCUAGGAGUUCAAGAAUUGCACUGCAAUUCAGUGUCCUUGUAGCAAGUUACACUUAAAACUCUUAUUAUAGAAGACAUAGGUAAGCUAAUCAGACAAGCAGGUCAAACUGUAUGUGUAUGAUGAUGAAACCACACUUCAUAGAAGUAAACACUUUAAUCACAUGGUGCUGUCAGUACUAUAGUAUAAUAGUCACUCUUCGCUGCACAAGUUAUAGGUAAAUAACUAGAGAAUGAAUAGUUUCAUUAACUUGGAUGUAGCACUCUUUCAAAAAAACCCAAACCCACUAUGCUAUAUAUUCUGAUGUUGUCUUCACUAGCCAGCUAAAGUUAAAUGGGGAGUUGCUUUUAAAAGAACAUUUCACAGGCAGCUGUUGUCUGGGAAAAUAAAUGUUUUAGUCAUAAAGUUGAAUCAAAGACUUAGGAAGAGACAUCAGACAGGAGCAUCAGUGAGAGCUAGGCAUUUCACCUAAAACAUGGUUAGUCUCCUUGAUUAGUCUCCUAUACUUAUUUUCAGGCAAGCUAAUGUUAGGCAUCUAAAUGUUUGUUGAAAAUUAUCUUCUUAGCAGUCACUUUCCUUCUUCUUGGAAGAGUUUUUUAGUAUGUCACUGUUUAGCCAUCACUGGCCUGCCCUAGGGUAUCACUGACCUGUGAGUCAGAGAAGGCUUUGGAGUGGUUCUGUCCUUGCCUGCUCUGUCACUCUUGCGUUUCCCAACAUUUGCGGCAUGAAAUAGAAACAAGUAUAAUUACUCUUGCUGUCUCCUAUUGGCUUCUGAAAAGCAGAUGGUGAUCCAAGCAGGGCUUGCUAGGGUGGGAUGUUUUUAGGGGUGGUGGGGUGGAGGCUCUUGGGUUUUCUCUUGCUGCUGAGGAUUUUUUGAGCAGCAGCAAAGACAUGGGAGAUGCAGUUCUGGACUGAGUCUCAAACAGAACAUCCUUUCAUAUGGAAACCUAUUUUUAUAUUACAUUUGUACAGAAUUUUCCUUAUUUUGAUCUCCCAAAGUUUUUAGAUUUGUGCAUUGCUCAGAUUUGUUUUCUUUUGCAGGGUGUUAAAAAUAUGUAUUUUAUGUUUGUUAAUGUAUUAAAAGCAUAAAACUAAAUUUUGCUUGUCUAAUAAAUGUGCACUGUGGCGGUAUCUGUUUUACUGUUUGCUGACUUGAAUUCAUUGGUUCUUAAAAGGAAAAGCUUGAGUCAUUGUUAUGACUGUCUUGUUAGCAUAAAUAAACAUGUGGAGUGAUUUAUUUAAAAAAAAAACCUAAAAAGGGAAUAAGAAGCAGGUAACAACUAGGAAUACUUGUUCAUUACAAACGUUAACAGUUAAGUAAGGUUCAGACUAGUAUAAAAGAUUCCCAGGAUUCUUUCAAGAUCAUAAUCUUAAGAUACAUGAGAUUUUGUUUUCUGUUACUUCUGGUUACUAAAGUGAGUUUAAGACAUAGUAAUCGCAGUGUGAUAAAUAUUUAAGUAGGAGAUGAGGGUCUGAGGUUUUGUGUUUGGGUGUUGAGGUUUUGUGUUUGGGUGUUUUUGAGGACUAACUACAGCAGAAAUAUUUACAAUGAACAUGAAGAUAAUUUUGUAAAGAUUUGAGUAUAGAUUCAAGUGUGCAAAUUUAUAGACCUUUAGAAUUUCUAGGAACCUUGUUUUGCCCAGCAACUGUUACCUGUUACAACUCUAGAGGACCUGCUGGGAGCAUUUUAAACUUUCAAGGUUAACUUUAGGCAUAUCCACUUGUGAAUAGCUGUGUUGGUAUUUUUGCUGCAAACUUUCUACUUUAUUUUGAGCUGUUAAGGGCAAAGAAAUGUAUUUUUCUAGAAUGAAUGUACCUGGGAUUUAAAUGCUACAGGAAGCAUUUAGUGAACACGAAGGAUUGUUCUCCUAAGAAAUAUAUCUCAAUAAAGUUAUGUCUAAAAUUUACUUCGUUUGAGGGGGGAAAAAAGAAAAAAAACCAACAGUCCUGAACAUGCACUUAUAUUUACACGGAAAAAAGCCCAAACACAAAGUGUAUUGAGUUCUGAAAUGUCUUUCUACACUCAAUAAUUAUUAAUAAUUUAAUGUAUGUUAUGUCAGAUAUUUGGAGUGAAUGUGACAAUAUCUUAUGUUAAUUUAAAGAAAAAUGUAAGUGUCUGGGAAGGAAGUGAAAUUAGAAAAUACUGGUGUGUGUUUCUGAAAUCCAGAUUUCUAUAGCUGUGUCUGUAUUUGCUGGCAUUACUUGUGUGUCAUGGCUAUUGAAAACCUGGACAAGAAUGAACAAUAGACCUUUCUUUGUAAAUGGAACUUGGCAAUAAAAAUGGUGUUACUAAGAAA